UGGAAACCGUAGUCCCCGGGAGUAGAAGCUCCAACGCAGACUUUCAUGGGACUUGGUGACAGUAGGAAACAGGUCUAAGAGUGCGUCCGGUAAACAGCAGAUACAAAACUGUAGCGUUCCUGGGGAUCUGUUUUGGCCCCAAAGCAUGGAGCCGCAGGUUAAUCUAAAUGUGACUUUUAAAAAUGAAACCCAAAGCUUCCUGGUUUCAGACUCAGAAAAUACAACCUGGGCUGAUGUAGAAGCAAUGGUGAAAGUUUCAUAUGAUCUGAACACCAUUCAGAUAAAAUACCUGGAUGAGGAUAGUGAAGAGGUGUCCAUCAAUAGCCAAGGAGAGUAUGAAGAAGCCCUUAAGAUUGCAGUUAAACAGGGGAACCAACUGCAGAUGAAUGUCUAUGACAGACACAAUGUUGUAGAUGAAACCCCACAACCUGGUCACAAGGAACUUCCUGGCACUGAAAAACGACCUGCUGUCCGGACUGGGAAGAAGCCACUUACACAUUAUUCUUCAUUGGUGAGAGCCCUGGGAUCAGAGAUGAAAACACAAGAGGAAUCCACAGCACAGCUUCCACUCACUCCCUGUGAAGCUGACAAACCUCAAGAUAAGCCCCCAGACUGGUUCACUAGGUACUUGGAGAUGUUUAGAGAGCAAGUGGUUAAAGAAACAGUUGAGAAGCUUGAUCAGAAAUUAAGCGAGAAGCUGGUACUCCAGAGUCCAUCAUUGGAAUCCUGCUCCUCCAUUCCUGUUUCAGAAGAAGCACUGUCAUUGCCAGGAAACCAAUGUGACUGGCUUAUGACUUGCAGCAAUUGCCAAAGAAGAAUUAUUGGCAUUCGUUACCAGUGUAGCCUAUGUCCAUCUUAUAAUAUAUGUGAAUUAUGUGAAGCAGGGUCAUAUGCCCAUGACCCUAACCACAUCCUCUUGAAGCUACGGAGACCAAUCAUGGGUUCCUCUGAAACAUACACUCAGACGAAACUCUCCCCUCCUCGUCUACCAGCUGCUCUGGAGCAAGUCAGACUCCAGAAGCAGAUGGACAAGAACUUUCUUAAGGCAGAAAAACAAAGGUUGCGAGCUGAGAAGAAGCAAAGAAAAGCAGAGGUUAAGGAGCUUAAAAAGCAGCUUAAGCUUCAUAGGAAGAUUCAUCUGUGGAAUUCUAUCCAUGGACUGCAGAGCCCCAAAUCUCCCCUCGGGAGACCAGAGAGCCUCCUUCACUCCAGUACGCUAAUGCUCCCUAUGCAACCUUGUGCCCCAGUUGUGCCAACUCUGAGUGCAGCAUUUGUGGAUGAGAAUGUGCCAGAUGGGACCCAUCUUCAACCAGGAACCAAGUUUAUCAAACACUGGAGGAUGAAAAAUACAGGAAAUGUCAAGUGGAGUGCAGAAACGAAGCUGAAAUUCAUGUGGGGAAACCUAACUUUGGCUUCUACUGAAAGGAAGGAUGUUUUGGUGCCCUAUUUAAAGGCUGGCCAUGUGGGAAUUGUGUCUGUUGAGUUCAUAGCCCCAGCCUUGGAGGGAACCUACACUUCACACUGGCGCCUUUCUCACAAGGGUGAGCAGUUUGGGCCCAGGGUCUGGUGCAGCAUCAUUGUGGACCCUUUCCCUACUCGAGAACAUCUUGAAGAUGGUGAAAAAGUCUCUUUCAGCACAAACAAAGUUGACGAUCUCUCCUGUCAGCAAGAGGAAGCUUUCUCACUUACUAAAGAGAAAAUUCAGAUUGAUGAAGUGACUGAGUCUACGGAGGGAACAGAACCUUGCAUCCCUCUGAAGAUCAAAAGUGUUCCUAGUGAGAGGGAACUCUACAUCCCAUCUGUUGACCUCCUCACUGCACAGGAUCUGCUGUCAUUCGAGUUAUUGGACAUAAACAUUGUUCAAGAGCUCGAGCGAGUUCCCCAUAACACCCCUGUAGAUAUGACCCCCUGCAUGUCUCCUCUACCACAUGAUAGUCCUUUGAUAGAGAAGCCAGGUUUGGGGCAGAUUGAAGAGGAGAGUGAAGGGACAGGGUUUAAAGUGCUUCCCGAUACUACAGUGGCAUCAAAGAAUAAAGCUGAAAACACUGUUCCUGCAGAAGAAGGGGAAGAAGACCUGAGUGGGACCCAGUUUGUCUGUGAAACUGUAAUCCGAUCCCUUACCUUGGAUGCUGCUCCUGACCAUAACCCACCUCGAAGACUCAAGUCCCUGCAGAACUCUCUGCAUAUGCUGUCUGACAACUUCAGUUAUGGUGUCAGGAAUGAAGAAACUCUCAGAACUCAGUUCUCCCCUUCUUCAGAAGGAGAGUCACAGCCUCAGCUCACUGAGGAAAGGCAGCCAGCCCAAUUAGAUGGCUUCAGCAAGGAGAAAACCUCAUUGAAUUCCAUUCUUCCUGAGGAGAGACUGAUGAAUGAUGAAAAAAGAGACACUGUCCAGGUAGUGGAGGAAGAGGAGGAGGAGGAAGAGGAGGAACUUAAAGAUGAAGUCCGAAGUCAAGGCUCUUCUGCUUCUUCUGAGGAUUACAUCAUCAUCUUGCCCGAGUGCUUUGAUACAAGCCGCCCUCUCGGGGAAUCCAUGUAUAGUUCUGCUCUCUCACAGCCGGGUUUGGAGCGGCUCACAGAGCUAGAGCAGGUGGUCAAGGCUGAGCAAGAACCAGCUGAGGCUUAUGAAAGGCUUGCUAGAGGGGAAAACCAGCAGCAAGGGCACCUCAUCAAUGAUAUCCUGACAACAUCACAGACUCUGGAUGCAGUGCUUCUGACUCCAGAGGUGGUGGGACCUCCACGACAGAUGCCCAGCAGCCCUUCAUCUCUUCAGAAUAUCAGUUCAGAAGAAUCAGAUUUGCCAAUUACUAUUCAAGAAUUUUCUCCAGUUCCUGAUCAAGUAAGAGGAGAGCCCAGGGCUUCAUCCGGACUUGUAAAUAGUAGACAGAAGAGCUAUGAAAACUCAAGGUACUACCAAGGGAGUAGCAUUACUGGAGGGCUGGUGAAGGGUGCUAUGUCUUUUGCUGCCUCUGCCUACAAGGCCCUAUUUGCAGGGCCACCAGUCACUGCUCAGGUCAGUGUGUAUGUUAUUUUCUUCAACUGUGCCCAAGUCACCAGUGGAUGUAAUGACAUUUGUCCUGAUUCCAUUGUGAAAAGCCACAAAGGCUUCAAGAAGAGAUGUUCUGAAAUAGUUCUUUAUCCAGAUCUCCUUUGGAUAGCUGACCAAAUUUCCUUCGCCACAUUUCCAUCUCAGUCUAAUUUUUUUUCUUCCUUUCUGCCCCAUAAUCAUUACCUUGAGAGAAUCUCUCCAAAACUCCUUUUCUUCCCUCCUCUCUGACUCUUUAAAGAGUAACUUUUCUGAAUUAUCCCCUCUUCUAAAAUAUUGAGAGGCAGUAUACUCUAAUGAAAAGAGUCCUGGACUUGGAGUCAUAAGACCUGAGUUAUCAGGGUCUGCCACUUACUGUGUCACCUGAGCAGGUCACCCAACCUCUCUGGACCACUUUCUUCAUCUGUACAAUGAGGGGGCUGAACGAGGUGAACUGUCUCUGAUCCUUCCCUGUGGGCCCCCCCUUCCCAAUUUUCAUUGCUACACAUAUAACUCAAAUAGGGCUUAGAUUGUUUUCAAAAGAUGUUUUGAAUAAAUCUUGAAAGUGAUAGAUAUGCAGAGAAUAUUCAAGGGAAAUGCUUGAAAUAAAUUGUAAAGGGAUGAUUUUGUUGUUGCCUGUGCACAGCCUAUAGUUUCCGAAGAUCAGACAGCACCCCUGAUGGCCCAUCUCUUUGAAAUGGGGUUCUGCGAUAGGCAGCUGAACCUGAGGCUCUUGAAGAAGCACAACCUUAACAUCCUGCAGGUUGUGACCGAAUUACUACAGAUCAACAACAACGACUGGUACACUCACCGCUAUUGAGGAGCUGCCUUUGCCCUGAGGGAACUUGUAUUAAAUAACUCAGCCUGCUGCUCAGAGAUGACUAUUCUGUUAUUGGGGUGUGGGGUAGAAGGACCUUCCUUAUUUUUUAACCUGAAGAGUCUGAUAAGUAGUUCAUCGUUGAAACUUCAUCAACUGCACCACAGUGUUCUUUGGAUCCGAUCAAAGACCAGAACUUAAAUUUUUACUUUAGACUGGAUGAGUAGGAAGACAAUUUAAAAUUUGAUUUGGAUUAAUGACUCUUUCUUUCCCCACUAUUUCUCCCCUUUAGAGAGCAUUGAAGACAAUGGUUUGAACUUUAUUCAGAACGAAUGUUCUCCUUUUAUUGAAGUUGAGUAUGUUUGUCUGGUUUUGAUAUUUUUGUCUGGUUGGUUUUGAUGUGUUGUGGUUUGAUAUGAAAGCCCCUGGGAAGAGAGGCUGCUAUUGAGUUAGUUGCAUAACUCCUUUUAACUUUUGCAGGGGCAGCCUCCCUCCUGGGAGCUGGGAUGACACCAAAGCCUAAUACUGCUACUACCACACAAAGUAUACUUACAGAAGAAGGAAAAAGUCAAUUUCUUGCACAAGUAGCCAUCACUGGAAAGUUUUUUUUUUCCCAAAGAUUUCCAUUAAUAUAUUAGAAUAACCACCCUCUUCAUUCCUGGAGUUUGAUGGAAUAAGUAGUAGGAGGAGUUAACUCACCAGCACCUACUGAGCAGCAUCAAUUGUAGUAAUUUUACAUACUUUUUGCUUUAAGGAAAAAAUUUUUAAGAAAAAUAGGUAGGACAAAAAUAUUUUGCUAACAUAACUAGAGGAUAGUGGGGAGGUUAAUUUUAAUGAAUCUUCCCCCCCCCCCCCCAAGUAAUGAUGCCAUAGAGAUCCUCUUAUUUUUCAGAAGAUUAGAAGAAAAAUAGGAAUAUUUUAAAAAGAGAGAAGGCAGGGUCCUAUAUUAUUAAUUCCAGUAGAGUUUGGGAUGGGCAGUGAGAGUAUAUGGAACAAGAAUACUUGGGCUUUUAACAGGCACUGGUCAGAUGGAGCAUUGGGAACUUCUAUCCCUACCUACCUGGGCCAAUAGAAUAUGGAGAAAGCAGAGUACAAGUGCACUUUGCAGAGUGCCCGGGACAGUUCAGCAGUGAAGGCUGGUAAGGGUGUUGAAGUUAAUGAGGUUUGGUUUUAACCCGGAUUUGAUACAGGCGUUAGAAUGGUUGGAUUACAGCUAGUCUUGGGAGUGGUCUGAGAAGGGAGAAGGAAGUUACUGAAAUACUCAACCAGAGGAGAAAGUAGAUUCUGGCCUCAGUAUUUGAUUCAAGGAGGGAAGGGUUGGUGUUAAAUAGUGUUAUUUACCUGGUUGGUAUUUAUAAUUAACAGGAUGAUUAUAAUCAAUCAUUAGCGAUGAAUAAGAAAAAUUAUUUACAGUAUAACCCAUAAUGCUAUUAAAUAAAGCUGUGGGAUGCAAAUUAUCUGGCCAGGAAGCCUGUUUUCUUAUUUAAAACAUAUUUUUAUAGAGGCUCCUAGGCAGAGGGUGAUAAGCUGGGCACCUGGGACUUGCUGGUUGUAGAAGGGGCCCUUUGAGCAAAUCCUUAGUCCCACGCAGGCUUUUCCGUGGGGAUCCAGGGUGGAACACCGGGGCUGAGCUACGCACCUCUGCAGCUGUAACGUAACCUGUUGUUGAAAUAGUCUAAUAAAGGUCGCUUAAAGUCUUA